AUGACUGCUUCUGCCCCCGCUCCUGGUGUCUAUACUCCAGUUCCUACAUUUUUCAAAUCUGGCUCUAAGGGCAAAUAUGAGCUCGACAUUGAUACUCAAGUCAAGCAUGCUGCAUUCUUAGCUGAAAAUGGUAUCAAGGGUGUUGUUUUACUCGGAUCUACUGGUGAAAUGAUCCAUUUGACUCGUGAGGAGAGAAUCGAGCUUAUUGCUGGUGUUAAGAAGGGUUUGACUGAACUCGGACAUACCAAAUUCGAGAUUUAUGCUGGUGUUGCUCACAACGGUAUUCAAGACACUAUUGACGAGAUUGAGGCUGUUAAGAAGGCUGGUGCCACUUAUGCUAUGGCUCUCGCUCCUAACUACUUUGCCCCUGCUUCUACCCAAGCUUCUAUCAUUGAAUGGUUCACUGAGGUGGCCAACGCCUCUGCUCUACCCAUUGUCAUCUACUAUUUCCCUGGUGUCUCUAAUGGUUUGCUCAUUACCCCAGACACCCUGGCUGAGUUGUCUGCACACCCUAACAUUGUUGGUGUCAAGCUUUCGCAUGGUGAUCUCUCCCACUAUGCCCAAUUGGCUCUUAACCCUAAGGUCCAAGCUAACGACUUCACAACCUUUACUGGUCUUGGACAAGUCUUGCUUCCUGCUAUCUCUGUUGGUAUCAGUGCCACCAUCGAUGCCAUCUCCAGUGCUUACCCCAAGUCUGUUGUCAAGCUCUUCAACCUCGCCCUUGAGGGAAAGACUAAAGAGGCCCAAAAAAUUCAAUACCUCGUUUCUAGAGCUGAAGAAAUUAUUGUUGCCAAGGGUCCUGUUGGAACUAAGUAUGCUGUUGCCAAAGCUCUUGGUUAUUCCAAGCAAGCUCAACUUGGUAGACCCCCUCUCAGUGAACCCCUUACUACUGCUCAAAUUGAGAGAUUCGAGCCUGAAUUAGAGGCUCUUGCUGCACUUGAAAAGUCCUUGUAA